ACCGCCGCACAGUCUAUAUCGGUAUGCAGUCACUCUGACUGUUAUAAGAUUACGAAGACGCUCUCAACGUGACGACCCCGAUCAUGGGUCCCAAAUCUGUGAAUUUCGGCGAAAGAACUAAUAGUGAUUUUAGUGACGUCAACGCCACAAUUGCCCUAGAACGUCGCCUAGAAAUGAGUACGGAGUUUUUUUUAGUGCCUAGCAGCAGUACCCCUAGCACGACAACAGUAAGUUACAUAUCAAAAACUCCUUGUGCGGGAUGUCCCUUAGGGACUGACAAACUAGUGGGUAUAUUUCGAAAUGAAGUUUGGGUGAUUCCUGUGUUGGCCCUUUCCGCGAUAACUAUGAUACUUAUAUUAGGGUUUGAAGUGUUUGUUCUGUGCAAAGCGUGGCGGAGCACACCUAGUAGAAGGCAUCUUUUCUUGGGACAGAUGCUCCUGUUGGGACUUUUUUCUUGUGCGGGACUUUCAGCUGUUUUCGCAGCUUCGCCUACGCAAUUGACAUGUGCCAUUGUUCGCUUUGGCACGGGGGUUGCUUAUACUAUAGUUUUCGCUUCCCUUUUAGUGAAGUGCGUUUUUUUAAUUAGUUUAAAUGGAGGAGUAUACCUACCAGCCCCAUAUCAGGGACUUUUAUUAUUGUUCGCUAUUUUGAUACAAGUAGCUAUAGGGGUUCAAUGGUUAGUAACGAAUCCGCCGUUCGUAGAUGACGUCGCCGUAGAAAUGGUAAUAAAUCAAAACAAACACAAACUUUUACUUACCGUCGAAGAUAUUAAUAACCCUGUUUUGAUACCGUUAUGUCGCACUCCUUAUGCAGAUAUGCUUCUUUCGCUAAUCUAUGUCGUAUUUCUCGUUGUUUUUGUGACUGUAUUAGCGGUGAAAUCGAGAGGCAUAAGAGACAAUUACCGCGAAGCUACCUAUAUCGGACUUUCGGUGGGGUGCAGUAUUCCCACUUGGUUGGUUUGGACCAUGAGCGGGUUUGUUGUUAAUGAGCGACAUAAGGAUGCAUGUAUUGCUUACGGACUGGUUAUAUCUUCUAUGAUUAUAUUUCUCAUUAUGUUUAUGCCAAAGGGCAGACAAUUGGCUGCUAUUGGCAAGGAGGGAGUCUACGUGGAGGAUAGAGAAGAACGUUUCAGCACUUUGAGUCGAGCAGCAUCAGGAUACUCACCUUCUUUCUUCCACUUUAAACCGAUCAAAUAUGGAUUGGGACAUCAUGGGACAUCGAUCAAAGAACAUAAUACUAUUACAACUUUAGGAGGAGAUCUGGCGAUGUAUCCUCCUGCCCCGCCGAGUUAUACUCGUCUGUAUCAGUACCACUGCUAUCCGCCGGGGUACUACUCGACACGGUACCUACCAGGUGGAAUAUUUCUGCGACCCGAUGACGGAAACGUGUAUACAACGCUAGAACCCACACUGAGCAGUAACCCGAACGUGUACUUUCAAAGAGGAAAUGGAAUGCAUCCUGGAAUGAUGUACUGAAUGAAAAAUCACGAUGACAAUGAAGACAAUCAGUAUCUGGUUACUUAGUAUUUAUCGCGCUUGAUAAUUAUUUAUUGAAUGGACUCUAGUGUGUGAAAGAAAAGGUCAAGAGAAAGACCGUUAUAUUACAAUUAACAGAAUUAUGUUAGAACUGUUCGAUGUACAUAGUUUUAUUAUGGAUGUAAUUUUAAGAUAAUUAUUUCAAAUGUCUAAAUUGGAAUUAGUAGAUAACUUACUUGAU